UCAACAUGCAGGGGCGAAUCGGCACCAAGCUGUCAGCCUUUUUCUUUGAAUAUGACACCCCCCGCAUGGUGUUGGUGCGUAACAAGAAGGUGGGGGUCAUCUUCCGGCUCAUCCAGCUGGUGGUCCUCGUCUACGUCAUAGGGUGGGUCUUUCUCUUCGAGAAGGGCUACCAGACAACCGAUGGGCUCAUCAGCUCGGUGUCCGUGAAGCUCAAGGGCCUGGCGGUGACUAACAUCUCUGGCCUAGGCCUCCAGGUCUGGGAUGUUGCGGAUUACGUGUUCCCAGCACAGGGGGACAGCUCCUUCGUGGUGAUAACCAACCUCAUUGUGACGCCCCGGCAGGUCCAAGGGCUCUGUGCUGAUAAUCCAGAUGGAGGGAUUUGUCAAGAGGAUAGCAAUUGCCCAGCAGGGAAACCCAAACGAAAGGGCCACGGCAUCCGGACAGGCAAGUGUGUGAAUUUUAACAGCACAGUUAAGACCUGCGAAAUUCUUGGCUGGUGCCCUGUGGAGGUGGAUGAUCACGUUCCAGACCCAGCCCUCCUGAGGGAGGCAGAAACCUUCACCCUCUUCAUUAAGAACAGCAUCAGCUUUCCUCGGUUCAAAGUGAACAGGCGAAACCUGGUGGAAACAGUAGACAAGCAGUACGUGAAGAGCUGUGUGUACCACAAGAGCCGGGACCCGCUGUGCCCCAUCUUUGAGCUGGGCUCCAUCGUGAGCUACUCAGGCCAGAACUUCAGCACCUUGGCUGUGAAGGGAGGAGUGGUCGGUAUCACCAUUGACUGGAAUUGUGACCUGGACUGGGCCGUGCGUCAUUGCAAGCCCGUCUACGAGUUCCACAGCCUUUACAAUGAAGAAAACAACCUUUCCCCAGGCUUUAACUUCAGGUUUGCCCGAUACUACAUGGAGAACGGGACCCACCUCCGGCACCUGUUCAAGGUGUUUGGCAUCCGCUUUGACAUCCUGGUGGAUGGCCAGGCAGGCAAAUUCGACAUCAUCCCCACAAUGACAACCAUUGGGUCCGGGAUCGGAAUCUUCGGGGUGGCCACUGUGCUCUGUGACCUGCUGCUGCUACACAUCCUGCCCAAACGCCACUACUACCAGCAGAAGAAAUUCAAAUACGCCGAGGUGGACACGGGCCAGGAGCCUCAAAGGAACAAUGAGGACACCUCCAGCUCCACCAUGGUCCUCCAGGAGAGUCUGAAGACGCCUUGAAGGGUGGAAGGACCUCUCUGCUCCCUCCAUCCCCUGAUCCGACCUGUUCAGUCCUGCCAGAAUACCUGGAUCCCACUGCCUGCCGACCUUAGCCCUGCUCUGUGAUGGGGCUGCAAAGGACCCUGUUCUCUGUCUUCUUCUACACAGGAGAUGAACAUGCCAGCUGGGCUUUGGGCACCAUGUGCAUGAGCGCUCCUACUGUUACCACCACAAACACUCAUCUAGACCCCCUCGCUCACAUAGCCCAGGAUUCACAACACUUGUGCCCACCCCUGUACACACACACACACACACACACACACAUACAUUCUUAUACUAUUCACACCCUUGUCCAUGCUCACCCACGAAUCAUGCACAGUGAUACUUAGCCCUCCACGUGUAAUGGACUGUCCAUGAAGACACACAUCCCCAUGACCCCAACCCUGCAUCCCUUCUGGGGCAGAAGCUGGGUCCCACCCAAGGCUGCUCUGCCCUAAAACAUUCACUGAGCUCUCCCCCACUUCCCUCCCACCUGAGCUGUGCCCAGCUGUGUGGCUGACUCCCUUUGAAAACCUGAAAAGCUCAAAAGAGGCUCUCUUCCCUACCUUACCAGAGGCUUGAACAUCUGGAUGGACAGACAGGGACAGAGCUGCAGCCUGGCUGGUCUGUGCCACCCACAGGGGCUGGCGGCUAGAGGGCUCACACUGGCCCCUGGGCCCCCCACCCACAGCUACAGCAUUGACUUGAGAAGAGGUGUGAGCUGUCAGGCCCUUCCUUCUCUUGGGCCUGGUGUAGAGAUAGGGUGCCAGGCAAAGGCAGCCUCUGGGUCCCAGCUGGCCCCCGUCCUGUGGCCUAGCCAAUGAGACUCCAGGGGCAGGAGGUGGGAUCGUUCUAAUAAACAACCUCUAGUUUUGGUAUGUGUCUGGCCCUCCCCCUGCAUUGCCAGGGUGAGCUGGGGAGUC